CAUACAUGUCACCUCAUUCCUCCUUGUGCCAUGAUGUGGUCAUCAACCAUCGCCAAGCAAAGGGGCAGCCUCAAAAUGCUACCAACUUCCCCUCACGAUGGACUCAAUCUGUUCAGCAUUGGAUCAACCCACGCUAACAUGUAGGCCGCCCAAUCCAUGGUCUAGGACAAGCACGUCGUCUAGAACUCGCUCCCAGCUUCGUCGAUUCGACAGGGUCUCGCCCGAGACACUCUGUGUUCGUUCUUGUCUCAAUCCACCCAAACUCGCCGCCUUGGCGAACGGGGAAACGAUUUGUGUCUCGGCACGUAGCCCAUCCUCCAAUGAUGGGUUUUGUUCUCCAUGGAGUCUCCAUGGAGCAGCUUAUCAGAGGAAACCCUUACUCCCAAGUUGGAUUUCGCAUUGGCUAUGCCCAGAGUAUAACGGUUCACGACCGUUGCAGGAUGACGUCGUGCAACAACAGGUUCCUUUCACGAACAUCAAUGCCGCUGCUUUCCGGAUAUACCAUUGGCACAUUCGGCUAUCGGUAAGGAAACAGACUUUACUGGUCUGCGCCGUUACUCAAGAAUGAGGUCGUCUGGUCACGAGCGCUAGUAGGAUCUGCAGUCCUAAACUACUUCCGAGAGUACAUGCAAACCAGUCAACACCCGGUGAUCAGUGAAGAAGAGAUCAAGUUGAACCUUGAGAGAAGGGGAGGGGGGG